AAACAUGUCCGACUGAAUCUGCUUUUGUCAUCGAGAAGGCUUUUUUUGUAUCUCUGUAGCUCUCUGCUCUGCUCUGCUCUCUAUUCAUCUGAUUGAUUUUGUUGGGGAAGAAAAAGAUGAAGAGAAUCUUUGGUGCGAAGAACAACAAAGAGCCUCCACCGUCUAUUCAAGAUGCCUCUGAUCGGAUCAAUAAAAGAGGAGAGUCAGUGGAAGAAAAAGUUAAGAGGCUUGAUGCUGAGCUUUGCAAAUACAAGGAACAGAUCAAAAGGACUAGACCUGGUCCUGCUCAAGAAGCUAUCAAAGCUCGUGCUAUGAGAGUUCUCAAGCAAAAGAAGAUGUAUGAAGGACAACGUGACAUGCUCUAUAAUCAGACUUUUAACCUUGAUCAAGUUUCUUUUGCUGCUGAAGGUCUCAAAGAUGCUCAACAAACUAUGACAGCGCUUAAAUCUGCUAACAAGGAGUUGAAAGGAAUGAUGAAAACCGUCAAGAUUCAAGAUAUUGAUAAUUUGCAAGAUGAUAUGAUGGACUUGAUGGAUGAGAGUUCUGAGAUUCAAGAGACACUGGGUAGGAGCUACAAUGUUCCUGAUGACAUUGAUGAAGAUGACCUUAUUGGCGAGCUUGAUGCUCUUGAAGCUGACAUGGGAAAUGAGACUGAAGCAGACGGUGUGCCUUCUUAUCUCCAACCCGAUAAAGAACCGGAUCUUGCUGAUGAACUCAACUUACCUGCAGCACCAAUGGGGCAUACAGGCGCUCCACCUGGACGAGCUCAAGCUGAGGAUGAAUGGGGAUUACCGGCAGUACCACGUGCAUCACUUCGGGGCUAAAAUUUCGUUUUUUUCACACCUCUUUGUGUGCAUAAAUAUUCAUCUCCAGCUACUUCUAUUGUGAAUUCCAUCUAUGGUUUAUCAAGCGCAUAUAUCUUCUGAUAGACUUGAUUUCGAUAUCAAAAUCUCUUUGCUUUGAAACUCUUUUUUUCACCA